AUGCCCCGCGUUCACCUCCCUCUGACCCUCCUUCCCUCUUUAUGCCCCUCCUUCCCUUUUUAUGCCCCUCCUUCCCUCUUUAUGCCCCUCCUUCCCUUUUUAUGCCCCUCCUUCCCUCUUUAUGCCCCUCCUUCCCUUUUUAUGCCCCUCCUUCCCUUUUUAUGCCCCUCCCCUCUUUAUGCCCCUCCUUCCCUCUUUAUGCCCCUCCUUCCCUCUUUAUGCCCCUCCUUCCCUCUUUAUGCCCCUCCUUCCCUCUUUAUGCCCCUCCUUCCAUCUUUAUGCCCCUCCUUCCCUCUUUAUGCCCCUCCUUCCCUAUUUAUGCCCCUCCUUCCCUCUUUAUGCCCCUCCUUCCCUCUUUAUGCCCCUCCUUCCCUCUUUAUGCCCCUCCUUCCCUCUUUAUGCCCCUCCUUCCCUCUUUAUGCCCCUCCUUCCCUUUUUAUGCCCCUCCUUCCCUUUUUAUGCCCCUCCUUCCCUCUUUAUGCCCCUCCUUCCCUCUUUAUGCCCCUCCUUCCCUUUUUAGGCCCCUCCUUCCCUCUUUUCGCCCCUCCUUCCCUCUUUAUGCCCCUCCUUCCCUCUUUAUGCCCCUCCUUCCCUCUUUAUGCCCCUCCUUCCCUCUUUAUGCCCCUCCUUCCCUCUUUAUGCCCCUCCUUCCCUUUUUAUGCCCCUCCUUCCCUUUCGCUGCCCCUCUUUCCCUCUAUCAGCCCCGAAUUCCCUCUCUCUUACCUACUGUCCCUUUCUCUGCCCCACCUUGACUGUCUCUACCCCACAUUCCUCCUUCGCUGCGUUUCCUUUCCUGCAAUCUACCUCGCAUUCCUCCCUUUCUCUGUCCCUUUCCCUCUCUGUACCCCGCAUUCCUCCUUUGCUCCGUCCCUUUCCCUCUCAUUACCCUGCAUUCAUCCUUCACCCCCGAAUUCCCUCUCUCUUACCUACUGUCCCUUUCUCUGCCCCACCUUCACUGUCUCUACCCCACAUUCCUCCUUCGCUGCGUUUCCUUUCCUGCUAUCUACCUCGCAUUCCUCCCUUUCUCUGUCCCUUUCCCCUCUGUACCCCGCAUUCCUCCUUUGCUCCGUCCCUUUCCCUCUCAUUACCCUGAAUUCAUCCUUCACGUCUGCUUCCCUCUCUAUAUGCCCCGAAUUCAAUUCCUCUUGCCCCGCGCUCACCUCUCUCUGCCCCACCAUCCCCCUCUCUGCCCCUCCAUCCCUCUCUCUGCCCCUCCAUUCCUCUCUCUGCCCCUCCUUCCCUCUUUAUGCCCCUCCUUCCCUCUUUAUGCCCCUCCUUCCCUCCUUAUGCCCCUCCUUUCCUCUCGCUGCCCCGCCUUUCCUCUCGCUGCCCCUCCUUUCCUCUCGCUGCCCCUCCAUCCCUCUCGCGACCCCACAUGCACCUCCCACUGCCCCUCAUUCCCUCUUCACGCCCUGCCCUCUCUCUUUCUGCCUCGAAAUCAUCCCUCUCUGCCCCUCCGGCCAUCUCUCUGCCCCUUCUUCCCUGUCUCUGCCCCGAAUUUCCUCUUUCUGCCCCGCUUCCCCUCUCUCCACCCCGCAUUCCUCCUUCACUCUCUACACCACGCAUUCCUCCAUCGCUGCGCCUCUUUCCAUCUCUCUACCCUACAUUCCUCCUUCUCUGCGUAUCUUUCCCUCUCUACCCUGCAUUCCUCCUUCGCUGCGUCUCUUUCCCCCUCUCUACCUGCCAUUCCUCCUUUGCCGCUUACCUUUCUUUCUCUCAGCGCCCUGCAUUCCACCACGAUACCCCUCCAUCGCUCUCUCUGCCCCAAUUUCCCCCUCUAUUCCCCUCCGGCCCGUCUCUGCCUUGAUCAACUUGUAG